AUGGUAUUUGAUAACAAAAAGGAAUUCAAGAAAGCCAUGGUUGCAAAUCAAGCCAAAAUAGGAAAGUCAAUUCGAUGGAGCAAAGAUGACAAAGAAAGAGCUAGCGCCAAAUGCAGAACUAAUGCUUGUAAGUGGAAGAUAUUGGGAUCACUAAUGCAAAGGGAUAUAUCUACUUUUCAAAUCAAGACGUUUGUUUCCGAGCAUACUUGUUUUGGGUGGAACUAUAACAACAAAACCAUCAAUUCUUGUUGGAUUGCAAGGAAGUAUGUUGAUAGAGUUAAAUCAAAUAAGAACUGGAAAACAUCAGAAUUCAGAGAUACAUUGAGUAGGAAAUUAAAGUUGCAUGUGAGUAUGCACCAAGCAAGAAGGGCAAAGGAAAAAGCUACUGCAAUGAUCGAUGGAGAUAUAAAUGAUCAGUUUGGUAUAUUAUGGAAUUAUUGCAAUGAAAUUGUUCGAACCAAUCCUGGAACUUCUGCUGGUUGUCGAAAGAUUAUUGGGGUCGAUGGAUGUUGGCUGAAGAAUACUAUGUAUGGGGCACAAUUGCUAUCAGCUGUUACUUUGGAUGAAAAUAAUAACAUCUUUCCAUUAGCUUAUGCAAUAGUCGAGAAAGAAAAUAAGGAAAUAUGGCAAUGGUUCUUAACCUACUUGAUGAAUGAUCUUGAGAUUGAAGAGCAAUACUUGUGGACUUUUAUGUCAGAUAAGCAAAAAGGGCUCAUUGAAGCUUUUGAUUUAGUGUUGCCUGGUGUUUCUCAUAGAUUUUGUGAGCGACAUUUGCAUAGCAAUUUCAAGAGAGCUGGAUAUUCUGGAAUGGCUUUAAAAAAAUGCUCUUUGGAAGGCAGCUUCAGCAACAACUAUUGA